AUGCCCAACGAACCUCUGCUUUCCCAAGCCGAUGGCUACGGAAUCAUCGUUGGAUUGUCGAUCCUGUUCUGCUUGAUCAUUCUCGCCGCCGUCAGGAUGCAGAAAGUCUACCUCUCGGAAGACAGCGACCAGUCGGAAAUGUUCAUGGAUGUGGAUCAACGAGAGCGUCUUCUCGGCCGCAUACACGUACAAAUGGGGCAUCGCGUUGCCCGUAUGGUGGGCAGCUGGACUAUCGUUUCAGAUCGCCUCAUGGCUGUCCUCGGCAUCAUUGCGAAGCUGCGAGUUCCAUAUGCUCACACCUCGUUAGAGAUCAUUAAGAUGCGAUAUGGUAAAUAUGCGCAUGGGGUAUUCAUCCUGCUUAACCUGAUCAACAAUAUAUUCGGGUGCGGGAGCAUGAUUCUCGCUGGGUCGCAGCUGGUGACGGGAAUGACCGGGAUGCAUGUGGUUGCUGCUUGCAUCUUGAUCCCUGCUGGAGUUGUCACAUAUACGGCAGUCGGCGGACUGAAAGCGACCUUCUUGACCGACUUCCUCCAUACAACGAUCGCGUUGAUUCUGCUCAUCUACUUUUCUCUGGCGGUCCUAACCAACGAACAUGUCGGAGGCGUCUCGGGCUUGUACCACAAAGUCAAGGCCAGGACGAUCGACCUCAACAUUCCGGGCAACUACCAGGGCUCACUUCUCACCAUGAAGUCGCGAAGCUCUCUGAUGUUUGGCCUCGUGCUAAAGUUUGGCAAUCUCGCUCUUGUCCUCAUGGACACAGCAUUCUGGCAGAAGUCGUUCGCAGCGGAGGUCCACUCGACCGUGCCUGCGUAUGAUCUCGUAUCAGUCGUGAUUCUGGCCAUCCCCUGGUGUACUGGUACCAUCAUCGGCCUCAGUGCUCGCGCCAUCGAGAAUACUCCAGUCUGGUUCGAUUACCCAAACACGCUCACUCUGAAGGAGGUCAAUUCCGGAAUGGUCAUGCCAGUGGUUCUGCGCAGCCUUCUCGGGCGUGGUGCCACCGCCGGUCUCCUGGUCCUUAUAUUCAUGGCCAUCACGAGCACGGUGUCCUCGUCUAUGAUCGCGGUGAGCAGUAUCAUCUCACAGGACUUCUUCCGCACAUACAUCAACCCGCGAGCGUCUGAUCGGAAGGUUCUCAAGGUGAGCCAUUGGGGCGUCGUGUUCCAUGGUGUGUUCAUGGCGGGGUUUGCCAUCAUGUUGCAGUACGCCGGAGCCACUAACAACUGGUCAACGUAUUUCCGUCCGAUCGUGGCUUGUCCUGGCAUCCUGCCUAUGAUCCUGACGCUUUUCUGGUCUCGGCAGACAACACUGGCCUCGAUUCUGGCGCCUCUUCUGGGGCUGGCUUCAGGAGUUGCAACUUGGCUUUCCCUGUCGGCGACGUGGGCUGAUGGCGUAAUCAACAUUCAGACUACACAACAGCAGAUACCAGGUUUAUACGCAGCAAUCGUCUCGUUCUUCUCGCCUGCUCUCUACUCCGUCGUCAUAUCGCUGGCUUGGCCUAGCAGAUUUGACUGGCGUGAGUUCCUUCGGAUCGACCUCAUCGGUGACAAGACUCAAUCCAGCAGCGUCCUACAAUCAGAGAACACCAGUAAUGAGGAUGUCCGCGAAGCACCCCAGCAGGUGGCAGAACACCAAUAUAGCAAAUCGACAGGGGAUGCUAUUGCGAGAAACAGUACUCGAACUUCGCUGGACGACGUGGUGCACCCUUUCGACGACGCGACUAUCCGCCAUAUCAAGAAGUGGCUCAGGAUAGCAUGCGUCUACUUCGUGGUCAACGUGGUCGUGACCUGUAUUCUCUGGCCGUUGCCGCUGUACCGGGACUACAUCUUCACGCAGACGUUCUUCGGUGGCUGGAUCAGCAUGGCGAUAAUUUGGCACUUCGGUGCUAUGUUCGCUGUCAUCGUGUACCCUAUCUUCGACGGGCGACAUGCCAUCGCGAAAGUGCUCCGUGGUAUAACGAGCGACGUCCGGGGACGACAGCGGCAUAGCGCUCCUCAGACCGCUGGUGGGGAAGCGAUCGAGAAAAGGUAG